AGCACACACAGUCAGAAAAAUAAAUCAGAACUUUUUUAAAUUUCAUUGAUUAUUGAUUAGCUUAGCUAGCAUACAGGGUCCCCACAACAAUGCCUCAAAUGAUCAAUAAUGAAUGAUUUAUGGCAUUUAUCGCGGUUGAAUUAUACAACGGAUUACGGGUGUUUAAAGUAAUAACAUAAUUUAUAACCAAAUACCUUGCGAAAAUUGUUUUAGGCCAGCUAUGAGCUAAAUAACAGGGGCAAACCAAAGCAACAAUACAAACUGAAAUUCUUCGAUCGAUAGAAUUGCAUUAAUUGCAAUUAAUAACCUGAUCGAUAACUUGAUCAGAAUCGAACAAUUUAAUUUCGAAUAACAAUCGGCCAACACUAGACUUUCAAGGUAUUGCGGAGAUUUCAACACUCGAGCCAUCCAACAACCCGUUCAGUUGGCGCAACAGCAGCCAUUAUUAAAUAAUUGUUUUAUUUAUUAAGCGACAUCAAUAAUUCCAACAGAGAGCAAAAGUAAAUGGAAUUUAAUCUAAGCUGUUCGUUGGUGCCAGUCGAGCCAUUCAGCACAACGCGACGUGUUCGAUGGCUCCAGUAAUGGAACGUGGUCGAUUCGAGCAUAUCAGUGUGAAAGUGAACGAGAACGAUCUGGAAACCGGAGCUGUGAAGAUUUUGAGAAUUAUCCGACCUGAGUGGCAAGUGGCCAACAUCAGAUUCAAG